AUGCCGCCCCCCACGACUUCGGCGAAAUCGUCGGCUCUGUUUACGGCCGAAGACGCGACGAUCGCGUUCAACGUCUUCUGCUGCGUCUGCGGCAUUGGGUCGCUCGGCAUGCCGUCCAACUACGCCCGCGCCGGGUGGGUCUACGCCACCAUCGCGCUCCUGUUCAUGGCGUUCGCCAACAUCUACGCGUCGGUGCUGCUGUCGAAGUGCCUUCUCGUCGCGCCGUCGUCCGUGCGCACGUACAGCGACUUGGGCGAGUGGGUCGCCGGUCGCUGGGGCCGCCUCGUCGUGCUCGUGUCGCAAAUGGGCGUCUGCCUCCUCAUGCCCUGCGCGUUCCUCGUGCUCGGGAGCACCCUGCUCGACGUGCUCUUCCCCGACUGCUUCAGUCAGGCCGUCUGGAUCGUCUUCAUGGCGCUCACGGUCGUGCCCGUGUCGCUCGUCCCCACGAUGAAAGAAAGCACGGGCAUGGCCGUCGCCGGCUGCCUCGGCACGAUCGUCGCCGACAUUGUCGGCAUUGCCAUUCUCUUCCACGGCAUGCGGGGGCACCCGUCGCCCCCCGCGGCCCGCGCGUCGGGCCACCAGGUUGUCACGACGUUCGGCAACCUCUCGCUCGCCUACGCGGCAGCAACAGUCGUGCCCGACCUCCAGCGGCAGCACUCGCAGCCCGAGCGCAUGCCGCGCGUCAUCAUCGUCAGUCUCGGCCUCGCGUCGGCGUUCUUCAUCGCGGUCGCCGUCUCGGGCUACGCGCUCGGGGGGUGCCAAAUGUCGGGCAAUUUGCUCUUCUCGAUUGUGAACACAGCGGACCCGUUCGCCGUCACGACGCUCGGGUUCACGGCCGACCGCGGCGCCGUCGUCAUGGCCUUCCUCUUCAUGCAGAUGCACCUGGCCGUGGCCUUCUCGACGCUCCUGCACCCGGCGUUCUACAUGUUCGAGCGCAUGUUCCUCGGCAUGCACGCGCCGGGGGCGGCCGGGAAGAAGGACGAGACGGCGUCGUACCGCGGGGCCUCUACGCCCGCGGAGCUCGAGCAGAGCAGUCGCGCGUCGCGCGCGCCCCAUGGCCUCAGUCGCGUGUCGGCGACCAACACAAUGGUACCGGAAGAAGACCUGUCCGAGUACAAGGGCCGGGCAAAUGUACUGCGGUACAUUGUGCUGCGCAUUGCAAUCAUUGCGCUCCUCGUGCUCCUGUCAAUCCUACUGCGCAACCACUUUCUCGACCUCGUGGACUUUACGGGCGCGACGGCUAUUACCAUGUCGAGCCUCGUGGCGCCGCUCGUGUUUUACAAUAAGGUCUUUUGGAAAGAGAUCCCGUUGUGGGAAAAGGCAAUGUGCCUCACAGUCGCGACGAUCUGCACGAUCGCAGGGUGCUACGUCAUGGUCUACUCGGGCAAGAACCUGUUCAACCCGAGCGGCAAAAGUGCGGCGUAUCCCUAUUGCUCGGCCGAGUUCCAAGACGAGCCGUACUAUGUCCGGAACAACACGACGUAA